GUUUGCAACUUUCCUCCAGCCCGCCUUCGUCCGCCGUAAUCCGGGAUGGCUUCCAAUUUUAACGAUAUAGUAAAGCAAGGGUAUGUCAAGAUUAGGAGCAGGCGUUUGGGCAUUUAUCAGAGAUGUUGGCUAGUCUUCAAGAAAGCAUCCAGCAAAGGGCCCAGAAGAAUGGAGAAAUUUUCAGAUGAGCGUGCUGCAUACUUCCGAUGUUAUCACAAGGUUACAGAACUUAAUCAUGUGAAGAAUAUAUUGCGGUUGCCAAAAGGCACAAGGAAACAUGCUGUAGGGAUAUAUUUUAACGAUGACACAUCCAGGACUUUUGCUUGUGAAUCAGAGAGAUUCCACGUGUAUUUGAUGCCGUCACCUAAUUUAGAUGUGCAUGGAGAAUGUACCUUGCAGAUAACAUUUGAAAAUAUCUGUCUUUGGGACAUACAGAAUCCCCGAAUAAAACUCGUAUCUUGGCCUUUAAGUGCCCUCCGGAGAUAUGGCAGGGACUCAACCUGGUUUACAUUUGAAGCUGGAAGGAUGUGUGAUACUGGGGAAGGCCUAUUCAUCUUCCAGACAAGAGAUGGGGAGGCAAUCUAUCAGAAAGUCCACUCGGCUGCCUUGACCAUAGCAGAACAACAUGACCACUUACUGCAGAGUGUGAAAACAUCCAUGCUUCAAAUGAAAAUGACCGACCGAGCCGUUUCUCUUGGCACCAUGGUCCCUUUGCCCAGGAGUGCCUAUUGGCAGCACAUCACACGGCAGCACAGUACCGGACAGCUCUUUGGCUUACAAGAUAGCCCACUGAAGAUCCACAGAACAGAAACUUUUCCCACCUAUCGGUCAGAACAUUGAUAAAAUGGAGCCAAGGACUUUAACAAGCUCUGUGUGUUCAUGUAUUGAGAUGGACUGAUCCAACACCAAGGCUUGCAACUCAACUGGACAACAAUAAUGAAGGAGAUGAAAGGAGAAAAGACUGGAUUAUAACUGCUAGAUUAUUUCUUAAUUUUCAGGAGAAGAGGAGGCUGGCUUGAAAAUUAUCAUUUGUAAUUUGCAAUGUUUCAUAAUCCCAUCUGGAACAAAGAAACUUUCUUUCAAUAUGGGCUUCAUAUAUAGUUAACCUCUGCUGUUGAUUUGUCCUUUGCUAUCAGUUGUUCAACAUUUAGUUCAUCCAUUUCGGUGAUUUCUUGAAUAAUGUAGUUUACGGUUUUAUUUUUUGUUUCAACACUGACUGUAUCACUUUUCCACUUUUAGGACUGGUUGCUUAUUUUUAGGAACUGGAACCAGUUGCCUCCCUCUCUAUUAAAGUCUGGUUUUGUCUCAGCUAAGCUAUCUAAAGAUAAUUCUUGUGUCUCUAUCUUUAAUUCAUGUUCAAGUGCUUAAAUAUGUAUCUUAGAACUUUAGAAAUAAAAUGGCCUUUCCCAUAUUGUUAGAAAGAUUACACAUGUGACUUUUCUGAGCUAUUCAAGAAGAGCAAUAAUGCCCAGGAUUCUGUAGGUAAUACUACUACUCUAUUUUGCACAAAUGAUGCUUCCUUUUAAGCCCCAUGUUAAUGUUAUGCAUUGAGAAGAUUUCAGAUUGUAUGAAUGGUUCAGUGCCUAUUCAGAAUACAGAGCAGAGCUUUUAAAUAUUUGCUAGUUCGUGAUAUGACA